CUAGUGAAGGAGAAUAUUUUCCACUGCACCUCUUGAGUUUCAUCCGCUGCUACUGCAGAGAGAAGUAAGAUCACGUUCGGUCUUAGAAAAGAUAGACAACACUGAUUUAAGAUGGGUAGCAUUUUGGGCAAAACAGUGGGAGAUGUUAUGGAGAAGAAUCAACAAUUUAUGUUGCAGUCCCAGCAAAUGCAGCUGGAAAGAAUGUUGCAGCAACAAAAUCAAAUGCGUGAACGUAUGAUGGCCAUGCAGAUUGCACGAGCACGUGAAAUGUUCUGGUGGUGGGCUGCUUUUUAUGGCAUUGUAGUGAUUGGAGCAUUAGCAGGGUUGAAGCAAAAAAGAUUGGGAGGUGUAAUACCAGCAGUGCCGCUCACUUUCAUAGUUGGCUAUCAGUAUGAUAAUGCUUACAUGAACAAAUUAGAAAGGAUAAGAGCUAUGGCAGACAAAAUAAUGGUAGAUGAACAUGACAUGCUUUCACUGCCUCAUGGAUUACCAACAUUUGAAGAUAUUGAAGCAGCUAGACUUAAUCAGAAAGAACAAGCUAAGAAAUAAAACCCUUUCAUUGUGCCAAUUUUGUGUGAAAAUGGUCGACUUUGUUUUUAUAUUUAUAAAAAAGUGUAAGGAAUCGAUCAAAGAACAGGUAUUUGAAUCCUGUGUUAUUUUGGAUUGAUGCAGACUAGAGGUCUCAAUUAAAGACAUUAUCAAAGACCAUCGUGUCCACCAAAGGAAGGGAUGCAGCAAGAGAUGAGUGUAAUACGUAUUUUUAUAGGAUGAUGUACCAGUAUGUAGCAUGCUUUACUUAAAGGUUUCCACAUAUUGGUGCUGGAUUACUUCUUAAUAUCAGGGAUCAAAUAUAUUUGACACUUGAAAGUGACUACAAUGAUUAUGAAGGUACAGAGAGCUCUCUGAAAACCCUUAAUUUGACAUUUAGUGAAUAAAUUUAAUUUAUUUGUAUAUUUUUCAUUUUGUGCCAUUUCUGAAUAAUGUAUGUCAUUGUUUUGCAGUGUCCAUGGAUAACAAAUAACUUCACAUUGGCAGUAAAUUUGUUUUUAUUCCACUGAAUUUUUUUUCCAAGAUGUGGGAAGCAAAGAAUGUAAACGCCCCAUAUUUGAUCAGUAUGUAAUCAGGUUAAGAUGUCAGGCUUAUUUUUCUUUGUGAUAGUUUUGUAUCAAAAACGUUUUCACAUACUGUUUCAAUAAAUAAUUUCACAACUCAAAGGCUACAACAUAUAUAUGGAGAUCUUUGGAUGUUAAAUAAUAGACUUUUAAAGGCAUUAUGCUGGCCCAGUCUAAAAUUUCCAAAAAUGGUAAAAUAUCCUGUCAGACAUAUUCAUUUCAUGAUAAUUGACCAGCUCUUCUCUGAAACCCUUUUCAUAGAAAUUUGGGAUAAGACAAUUUUCAUACUUAGAAAAUUAAUAAAGGACUGAAAAAGAAACCCAACUAGUAUUAAAAGGAAAUUUAGAUUCAUUUGUUUCCAGAUCACUUUAUUUCAAUAAUAUAUGAAACUGGCCAUUUAUUGGUGUUACAAAAAUAAGGUAUAAUAACUUGUUUUUGGAAGGGGGUAAACCAUGCCACUGUCUUAAAAAUUGACAACCCACAUCACUUCAUUGUACCCUAUACAAAAUUACAUAGAAUAAAAUUAGUCUUAGAUAAAUGGAUAUCUCUGGAACAUACCAGAUUUAUGGCAGGUAUGUACAUCAGCGAACAAACUCAACUUGUAUGUGAUAAAAGAAAAUGUUUUCAUCCAUCAGACUUUGUCAUUUUUUAAUAAAAAUAAUAACAUGCAUUUGUCCCUGAAAAGCAUCUAACCAACCAGUAAAAUUGGUUUUUCAACUCCAAGUGUACAGCUCUCAGACGUGUGAAGAAUUUCAGCAUGUUUUUUCCUAAUUUUAUCAUACUUUUAGUAAAUAUUCUGCUUUUCAACAGUUUUUGCAAUACAGGCCCGUACCCAGGAGUGUUCAGGGGGGGG